UUUAAUUAUAAGGAGUUUUUAGUGGUAAUGGUGUUAGAUAUUGAGACAUUCUGCAAUUUCGGGGGAAAUGAGAAAAAACAGCAUCACUGAUUGGAUGAAUCCCAAUUCCUACAAAACUAAGAGUCCUUAAAAGCCUCUUCAACACCAUUAAUACUCUAAUCUGAGGGAACUUCACUGAACUAAGGUAUAUUGGGGGAAAAAAAACUAAGACAUAUUGGAAGAAUGAAGACAAUAGUGCUGAUAAUAAGCAACUUAUUCUUGAUAACUGCUGCACCAGUGGAUCAGAAUCAUGACAUAGAAGCCAGAUCUGCGAGUGAAGAGGAGGGGCUGCAAGCCUUGAUUACUCAAAUGAGGGACACUCUAGCGAAUGUCAAUAAACCCCCUAUCGCUGAUCCAACCCCAAAACCAGCAGGUCUCCAGCUACAAGAACCUUCUUCGCAGUUCCAGACAGCAUAUAUCCUCAAUCCACUAUCUCCUGUUCCUGUUGGCCCUCCUGUAGACCCCAAAUCAGUACAGCAACCCUCUGUGCCACAGAUUAACCUUUUCAUCUCCGGCCCUCCCCAGCAGGACAGGGCAACGGCAGCAGAACCUCCUAAACAAGCACCCUUACAGCAGCUAGUGCUGGCCAAUCCCGAGUCAAUGCCUGCUCUUCAAAAUCCUGCUCAGGUUGUGGCACUUCCGGCUCCGUACAGCUCCAUCCUGCCUCAGAAUGCCGUAGUAAUACCAUUCAACGUUCCCUCUCAGGGAUAUCCACACAUGAUCGGUCCUCUCCAGAACCCUGCUUUCUUCGGCCCACAGACUAACCCAUACUUUCAGCCUGUAAAUCCUUUUCAAGGUCCUCAAAAUUUUGGUCCGUACCCUUUUUAUCCACAGAUGUAUCCUCCCAAUCCCUAUUUUAACUAUGGUAUGCCUAAUGUGGCAGUAACACCCCCUAUCAUAUUCAGGGAGCGCGGGCAGACAGUUACUACGCAGGGGUAAUUUUAAGAUUGUAACCUGUAUAUGACGACACCGCCAGGCAGAUGGAUGAGGGACUUUUUUAUUGUUUGAUCUCAUUUAAUACAUUCUUUUUUAGCUUUACAGCAGUUGCAAUAUGUAAAACAAUGUCAUGUCAUAUUUUACUUUUAUUAUAAUUCUUUUGAAUGCAACUUUUUAUGUUGUUAUUCUUUUUUGUUCCUAUAUUUUCAUUCAUUUUUAAAUUAACAUAGUAUCUUAUAUGAUUUUCUAUUUCUUCUUGCUGUAUUAUGCACCUUGUAUUAAAUGUGCUAUAUUUCAGUCUUGCCUGUUAGAACAACAUUUGCCAGUAUAAAACUCAUUUAUCCUAAUAAAAAAGUCUUCCACAUCUUUUUUGAACCAUCCUAAAGCAUUAA